AUGCCUUUUACUAACCAACUAGCAGAAGCACUAAGAGGUCUUACUGGUAAAACUAUUUAUGCAGCAUCAAAUGGAGAAUAUUGUGAAGAAUAUCAAUUAGAAGAUUAUUCAUUGUUAUUAAUCCAACAAGGUUCAUUAAGAGAAAUUCAAAAUGUAGGACCAGUAACUGUUAAAGUUCAACUCUUGACAGGGGAUAUUGCUGACAUUCAUUGUAAUGCUAAUGAAUUAGUAGACAUUUUUAAAAUGAAGAUUCAAUUAGUUACUGGGAAUGGAGAUAUUUCAAAAGGAAUUCCAAUUGAAAGACAACGUCUCAGUUUUAAUAAACAAAUUCUUGAUAGAAAAAGAACUAUUGAUAGUUAUGGAAUUACUGAAGGAAGUUUAGUUCAUAUUAUUCUUCGUUUAAGAAGUUCUAUACCUAAAAAGUUCAUUUUACAUACGUUAAUUGAUCCUCAGUUUGACUAUGAUUUUAGAGGAAUAAAUGAUGCUGGAAAAUCUAUUUAUAGAGGACAAUUACCAUAUAUCCGACCAGUUGGUUGUAUGAGAUGUGCCCUUCAUGUUCUUGGAAUGUUCGAUAAUGGGAAUGACAUUUGGCUUGGUUGUUCAAACAGGGAUGAAGAGUGGCCAGUUUCAUUCCAUGGUUCUAAUUGUUCUAAAUUUACUGAGAUUGUUCAAUGGGGAGAUAAAUUAGGUGUUUCAGGUGUUGGUGGAAUGGCAGUAUUUUGUACUCCUGAUUUUAGAAUUGCACUACAACAUUCAGAUGUUGUUACUGAUCCUCAAACAGGAAGAAAAUAUAAAGUUAUCUUCCAGAAUAGAGUUAGACGUUCUUCUAUUAUUCGGGCAUCAAAUGUUGGUGGUCCUGAUAAUUUCUGGUACAUAACAAAUCCAAGUGAUGUAAGGGCUUAUUCUAUAUGUCUUUUUAGUCAGUAA